ACUCUUCCCGAGUUUAGCUUCUGUGUUGUUGCUAUUACCAUUAUGUCCCAUGGAAUUGAAAGGCAAUAAAUGAAGUUUGUUGAAAGUUCUGAGCCACUCAGAUGUUGAUAUAUCAAACUCUUAACCGUAAAUCCGAGGUACCACAGUUAAUGUCUAUAACCUCCCUCAAAUCUCAGCCUUUCUUAUACAAUUCGCAUCCAGUUCGCCCCUCUCGGCCUCACUCUUUUGUCUCUCUGGUCGCUUUUCAAGUAUAUAGUCUCUGUUGGGUCUUGUUCCUUUCUGGGUUUUGUUUGUUCUUGCAAAAUUCCUUGGAAUAUAAAGCACUUCUACUUGUUGAAAUGAGAUUUGUUGUUCUAGUCAUAGCAGUCCUGUGUAGCCUUUUGUUUUUUGCAUGUAUUGGGUCUGAAGCUGUACAGAAGAAAGCUUUCCUAUUUCACGUUCAUGGUGCUGAGAAGAAGAAUAUUUCCUCAUCAAACGAGUCGCAUGAAGGUGUCAACCGAUACUUUUUCAUGCAAGGAAAGAACAUCGACAACAACACUUUGGAUGAGAAGCGAAUUGUUCCCACUGGUUCAAAUCCCUUGCACAACAGGUAGAAUAAUAACACAGUCGAUGAAAGGAUUCAAUUUGCUCUUCAAUGGUUGAUUUUUGGGGAGGAAAUUAAAGAUUUCUCUUUCAAAUCCGUAUUUGUUACCUCUCUUUUCCUUCAUCUUUGCUCAACUUCAGUUAUAUAUGUUACGUUUCUCUAA